AUGGGUGGUAAACAACACGAGAUAGAUAUCCUGCAAAAGAUGUCUCACUCCAGCAUGGAGUCCAAUAAGAACAUCCAAUUGGAACAAAUCACCUCCGCUAAUGGUGAUAUUAUUAACGUUUUAGAGAACACUGUCAAUAAACUGUUGGAACGUAAGAUCACCAGGAAGUUAGAUAUCCGGAUCUUACCGUUGAUCUGUAUUAUGUACCUUUUCAAUGCCUUGAACAAAGGGAAUAUCUCCAAUGCCAAAACCAACGGUAUCGAGCUCGAUUUAGGCAUGGAUCCUGAAGGUGACCAAUGGAAUUUGAUGUUAUCGUUGUUCUACAUUCCGUUUGUGCUUUUCGCCUUCCCAAUUUCCUUGAUAAUCAAGAAAUUCAACGCCGCUCGGGUAUUGCCUAUUUUGGUAUUCACCUUUGGUUCCAUUACAUUACUUUUGACAUCGGCUUUUAACUUCCUGUCUUUGAUGGCAGGAAGAUGGUUCUUAGGGAUGUGUGAGAGUGCUGUGUUACCUGGGGUGAUCUACUACUUAUCGUGCUUCUACAGACGUAAUAAGUUGGGUUCAAAGUUAUCCAUCAUCUACUCCUUUUCUGCCAUAGCCAAUGCCUUUUCGGGAUUAUUGGCCUUUGGAUGUUUCCAAAUCGAUAGUAGCCUUAAGGGGUGGCAGAUCUUAUUCUUACUUGAAGGGUCGUUAACCCUUCUUGUGGCAGUAUUGGCAUUUGUGUUCCUUCCUCGUGAUAUAGAUAGUGCUAAAUUUUUCAGUGAGGAAGAGAAAGACUAUGCCAAAUAUAUCGUCAGGACUGACUCCUCUGCUGCUGAGGGUAAUACCUUCGAGUUCAGAGAUGCCAUAAAAGUGUUUAAACAUCCUAUAACUUGGGCUUGGAUGUUUGAAGAAAUUUGUAUUGGAGUUCCUUUGAAUUCCAUCAAUAAUUGGUUCCCUCAAAUCAUUCAAGCUUUGGGUAAAGGAACUGUUCAAACCAACUUAUUGACUAUCGCCCCUAACAUCGUAGGAGCUAUCUGUCUUUUGAUAUUGGCGUUUUCUUCCGAUCAUUUCCGUAUUAGGUCGAUCUUCUUGGUGAUUGCUAUUCUGGCUACUUUGAUCGGUUUCGUGGUGUACGGAAGUAUUGACAUUUUAUCUCAAACUGGUGUAGCUUACUUUGCAUGUUUCCUUAUGACUUCGGGAGCUUCAGCUUCUUCAGUAUUGACGUCUACUUGGUAUAACAACAAUAAUCCCAAUAAUAAUCGUAGAGUGAUGAUAUCUUCAGUGGCUAUUCCUUUAGCUAAUGCUGCGGGAUUGAUCUCGGCCAAUAUCUUCUUACCUAAAGAUGCUCCCAAAUAUACCAUGGCUCUCGGUAUAACUGGAGGGUUUGGUGGUAUGGCAGUGGUAGUGGUGUGCAGUAUCGGUUUGUUUAUGGUGUAUGAUAAUAGGAAGAGGGAUAGAAUCCAGGGGGUCAAAUUGACAUAUCGUGAUGUUCCCACGUCAGAGUUACGUGAGGGGCCCAGUAAUCCUAGUUUCAGAUGGAUGUAUUAG